GUGGAUGCAACUACCUCGUGAAUGAAUCUUCAAUGUUCGACGCACUAUGCAAUGAGCUUACAACGCGUGUCUACUGACAAACAGCCCACAAAGUCAACCACCGAUCGAUUUGCAGCAUGGUUUAUCUAUCUAUCUAUUAUCUGCUGGAGAGCACACCAAGCGCUCCUUACGUCUACGCACCCAUCCAUCCAUCCACCGCCUCCCCGCCCUCCCGCCCGUCAGUCAGUGUCGGGAGAGGAAGUAGUUGACAGAGAGGCAGGCGAGGAUGAUGAUGAGGGCAACACCCAGCAGACACACGCACCUGCAACACACCACAACCAACAUUCAGGACGGCGAGGGACAUUUAGCAAAGUACGCUACGCCGGAGGGGCGGGUCUUUUCUUGCCGUGCCUACGUGCGAGUGUUGCGCCUCCUCUGAUGCAGGCGAGCCACACGGACCUACAAACAUAUGAUGGCGCACCGAAUCACCCAACCGGACUGCCAGUGAUUUUGUCCUGAGGACGAAUCUAUCUGUGGUCUGUCUGCUUACCUGUUCGAGCGCCUGGGCUGUGCGGUCACUGGCGUGCCGCAUGGUGCUCUCUAUGCUAUCUGUGGUCACACACACAGGUAGCAAACACGAGGUAGGCAGGCCCCUUGUGGCGUCAGUGGGUUCCGUGCAUCCAUCAAUCAGCCAAGUGGGCUGGGUUCCUACCGAUGUAGUUUUGCUGCUGGCCCACAUGCCAAUUCAGUUCCUGAUACAACUGAUGAAUGCCUGCAGCCAGGCAGGCAAGGCAGGCAGGCAGAGAGGCAAUACGUACGGCAAGGAAGGUGUGUGAAUGUGUUGAGUGAGCACGUGUGCGGCUCACUCACCCUGAAUGUCGCUUUGUAUUUGCUGAAGACCUUCCUGUCUGGCUCGGAUGACAUCCUCCUGCAGACUGUCCUCCGCCAGGGGCUGCAACCUGAUGUCACACCCGCACCCACCCACAUAGGAUAUGGCAUCCACCCGACUGACUGACUGAUUGUCUCUGCGGUGCGUCUGCUGUCGUGUCCUCUGCCUGUGUGGCAGCCACACAAACCGGCUGCCUCCCUGCCUCCCUGGAGACGAACGACGAACCUGUGUUGUGCGAAUGGGUGGCGGACGAGUUUGUCAUCGACCUCUGAGGCGUGCAACCCAUAUGGAUUCACGAACACUGGGUUGGGGACCCUCCAAUCGCGCGCAGUCCCGUCGUUACUGUCGCCAUCUACGUCAAUAGACCCACAUACGCACAACCGCACACCAAGACAGACAGACAGAUACAAACAACAACGGACCACCACUCGUCAGUCAGCACGAGCCCUUCAGAUGCCCGCAAAUAAAUGGUGUGUUCACCUCACCCCCUGUGUAUCGCCACGAAGAGCUAUGGCAGUCACUGCUAUCCUCAUCUGCACCGCACCCACCCCACACAUCCAAACCAACGUGGAUUGAUUGGCGUGUCUGCCGAUCUGUGUGUGUCCGUGCCUGACCUCCUCCCUCCUUCCCUCCCUUUUUUUGUUCAUUUAGUCCUUACUUGUGCUGGUUGCUGAGGGGAGGACAGGGAGUGGCGAUGAUGAUGAGUGAGAGAUCUCCACAUCGGUGUCGCAGGCCGAGGGCGAGUGGCGAUAGUCACCCAACAACGGCUGCUGCACCAUCACGUCCACCGUGGGGCUGCCCUUCACACGCGUAUACCUACACACACACACCAAUACAUACGUACAGACGUACGUACAUCACACAACACAACACAACACAGUACAACGAGCUCCCUCCCUCCCUCCAUGCAAUGCGCACCCAUCGCGUCGGGCGUGUGUGUGCAUCCCUCCCUCCCUUCCUUCCUCCCGCGCCCGCUCACCUGGUUUGCUGGAUGUUUGGUUUGGUGGUUUUGUCUUCGACGCUGAAUGGGUUGGGAGGGGGGGUGUCGUGGCCGCCAUUGCGACACGACGGGGGGGCCCGCUCCGUGGGGUCCAACAGCGUAUACCUAUCACAGAGGGGAUACCAUGCACACACCAACAAGACAGACAAGGGACAGGGCAGGGCAGGCACACCAGCCAGCCCAGCCACCCGUGUGCACACUCCAUCCAUUCAAUGAUCCCGGUCAGGGUGCAGUGCGGUGCUGUGCUGUGCAGUCGAUCUCCCGCGCCGCGCCGCGCCCACCCUUCGGAUUCUAUGCUAGCGAUGCGCUGCUGUGAGUCGCGGCGAUGAAUCACCUGGGUCAACGUGUACUUCUCUGCACGCCCAACCACCCACACACCCAGCCACCAAUGAACGACGCAUACAAACAUGGGAGUUCACUCCGGCGGCAUAGCUAGCGUAGGUGUGCAAUGCAAUCAAUAUCUCUCUCUCUAUGUAUCUUUUCAUCUGUACGUACGUACAUACCCCUGAUGACGUGCGUUUCUGCGAUUCGCUCGAGGUCCUGACCAAACCAACACACACAGGACAGGCAGACGAUAGAUAGAUACCAUACGAUUGAUUGUCCUUGGCCUCCGGGCUGGCUAGAUACACACAUACGUACUUACUUGCAAGGCCUUGGCGUAUGUCGCCGUCAACUUCUUGUGCACCAAACGGCGCUGCGACUGACACACAGAGGGAGGCAGCGGAAGGCACAGGCAGGGAGACCACGACAGACCACCAGUAAGUAUGCCAUGAAUGCAUUCGUGCGUUCGUUGCCUUGGUGGUUCAGUCAGUAGUGACUGGCUGGCUGACCCUUUCUGUCGGAUUGUCUCCUGUGAUUGCGGAAAAGCGCCUGAGGAUACCCUGCGUCUCAAGCGCCAAAUCCUUGGCAGUGUUCAUCUUGGAAUGCCUGACCGACCCGACCAACCCCAUCCCAUCCAUCCCCCAACAGACAAGACAAGAGCAAAGAUCCCCACAGAAGCCCCCCGUGGCCGCCUCUCUGCUGAUCGGUCAGGUGGCUUACAGCGCUGCCUGGAACUCGGCACGUUCAUGCGACUGGACGGGGCGAGCACACUGACCGACCGACACACACACACACAGACAGACGUACGUACAUAAAGACCAAUCAUGAAUGGCAUUGGGCGUGGGUGGGUGUGCAUGUGGAGGUAAGGAGGGAGGGGCCAUGGAGGGUGCGGUGUGGCUUGCUUACCAGCUUACUGAUCUCCGCUGUCUUGGCCUGCAACUGCACCCACACACACCGCCACAGACAGGGUUGAACACUCAUCCAGCAUCGGCGUGUCCGAGUGGCCUGCUUGCUGUGGCUGCCUGUAUCUGCGUGUCUGACCUGUUGGAUGUACUCCUGUACGUGCCGGGCACCUUCGGCCGCUGCCUCCACAUCCCGCGGGCUGUCAGGCUCAGCAACAAACGACAUCGUCACAGUGGAUGAAUGAAUCAAACUAGGAUGCAACAAAAGGCCAGGCUCUGCCAACCACAAGAGUCG